CACCAAGCCAUUGCUUCUUUGCUCUCAGCCCAAAGGAAAACUACAUGAGAAGAUUUUUUAUUGCUUCUAUUUAGGGGAGGGGGGGGAGGGGGGGGGGUGAAACAGCCAUAUAACCCGCCCGACAGCCUCACCCACGGCUCAUCUACAUUCACACCGCACACCAUCCCAUCCAACAGUGACUCACUUCCCCACACAGUUCCCCAGAGCCUUCUGUAGUAUUCUGUCGGUGUGAUCCCUGGCCCCUGCGAGAGAAGAAGAGCCUUCAUAUUGAGCUGGUCACUCCCCUCUGCUGCUGGGUGGUGGUUUUCUCUCUCUUUUCUUCCCUCGGUCGGCUGGCUUUCGACCGCCUCUCCCCUCCCUUCCACACCCUCCAUCCCCCAAUCAGACGUCGACAUCCUCCCCAACCGCCCGAUCGAGAGCCCUCUACAUCCUUCAUCAUGGCCCACAACGAUAAUGCCAUGACCCGGUUCCUCUUUGCCAUACUCCAGCAAAAAUGCCUCAAAGAUAUCGACUGGAACAAGGUGGCCCAAGAUCCCAAUCUCGCUCAGCCCAUUACCAAUGGCCAUGCCGCCCGCAUGCGCUACUCGAGGUUCAGGUCGGCCAUGCUAGGCAUCGAACCUCAGAAACGAAACAGAGUCAGCAAACCGGCAGCGAGGAAGAAAAAGACCACAGCAGCAUCCACCUCACAAAAGGAAGCCGGCGAUGGAGACACCCAAGACACGCCUGCUAAGCCCGACAAUCCUCCAGCGAAGAAGAUCAAGGUCGAAAGGUUAUCGCCAAAGCCUGCCAAUCCGCAACUGCCUUCUCCAAAGUCGGAUACCAUCCCAGCCAGCACCUUCGAAAUCGAGACGGUCAGUAUCAAGAAAGAAAGGACAGCAUCUAGCACUCCUACCACAGCUACUAUGUCGAUGCCCGGGACUCCCAUCGACACGCCUCUCUUCUCCAACAUGAUGCAUUCUCACCGCCAGGGCCCAACUCCCAUCCCGCCACCUGCGCACAAUCACACCAUGCGUCUUUUGACGCCAUGCAGCGACCAUCAAUCCCCCGUGUCCGUCCAAGCACAAGCAUCAGACGUGUUGAUGCAUCAUAAUCUUAACCAAAACUUCAUGACAGCCGCUCACAGCAGCCCUCUAAACAAUACUCACGACUUUCAUCAACACCAUCAUCAAUCACAAACCCAGCCCCCCUACGAUCACCACACCCACCACUUCGACACCGCGAGCCCCACCUGGGGCCACACAAGCCACAUGUCGCAGAACAGUCCCGCGUCGGUAUCGAUGUACUCGCCCACAAACACGACCGCGACAGCCUUUGGCUACUCCCCAUCCGCUGCCGCCCGCGAUCACACACACUCACAUUCGCAACACACCCAGUUCUCCCAGCAGCAACAAACACAGGAGGAGCGCAAUCUCGGACUGAUGGGGAUGGGAAUGGGAAUGGGGAUGAACACAAUGAAUAUGAAUCUCGCUGGGAUGGACACGGGGCAGUUUGAUUUCAAUAAUAUGGUGAUGCAUCAGGGGUUGAGGACAAGUGUGUCGCCCUCUCCUGCUCACCCCAUCAAGGCGGAGCAUGUGUCGGGGAGUCCCCAGUGGGGGGCGAUGGAUGGGGGGUUUGUUUGAUAUUUUUGAUACGGAGCCAAGAUUGGGUAACACGGUUCGGGAAGUUUAUGAAGAGGGAAGAUAUUGGGUUGUCAGUUACGUUGAUUUUGAUUUUCUUCUCUUUCUCUUUUACAUGGUUGUAAACGGUAGAUUGGUUUUCAGACUUGUCGUCUACAUUUUCUUCUUCUGCUCAGACCCUGCCCCUGGACUUUGAGGGAUGAAGGGUGGGGGGUUGUAACAUUACCUUUUCUUCUUCGUUGUGUAGUCGGUUGGGAACCCAGAUGUGAGCGGAUUGAAGAGAGGAUAUCUUGGGGUG